UCCCAUCGGAGAAUCGAACCAGCCAGAUAUAUAUACAUCGUACAUGCUGCGGCUCAUGCUGUGCUGCGUGCGCGUGGGAGGCGGCGCGUACUGGCACUGCUGCCCGCCGUCCGGCGAGGACCCCGCGCCGCCGUUGCGCGUGGACGCCGUCGCCGCCGACGACGACGGCGGCGGCGGGUGCUACUACUACGAGGAGCUGCCGGUGUCGACGCCGCCGCUCGUGCCGCGGGGGCUGUCCAGAGAGCACGACUACGAGGCGGGCUGUGGCUACGAGACGGAACUGACGGCGCCGGCGGGCAGAGGCGCGCCGGGGCUCAGGGAGGACGCGGAGGACGAGGCGGCGCAGGUGGUCUCGCCGUCGCCGCCGCCGAGUUGUGGCGUCGUCGGGUCCGCGACGUCGUGGGUUUCCGCCGCGAUCGCGUCGUUUUGCGAGAGGCUGUCCCGCGCGUUCCCCGUGCUGCUGCCGUGACGUGAUCAGAUCAGACUGUAACUUUUGUUACU